GAUUCAAUUUAAAAAUAACAAAACAAGAGAGGGGGCCAACGAGAAAAAGAAAGAAAGGAAGGAAGAAACCCCCUCGCCUUCCUCGAUCUCGACGACACCGGCCGACGCGGCGAUGGAAUACUCCGGUGGCGGCGGCGGCGCGACGCUGUCGGAGAUGUACCAGAGCGCGCGGCGGCUGCUGCUCUCGGCACGCGACGGCGUGGCCCGCGUCGAGCGCCUCGCCUCGGCGCCCACCUCGUCCUCCUACUCCUCGGCGCCGCUCGUCGGGGGCGGCGCCCCGGGGGACCCUGCGGUCGCCGAGGAGGUGCGGCGGGAGGUGGCGCAGAUCCAGGGGCUGUGCGCGCAGAUGGAUCGGCUCUGGCGGUCCAUCCCCGGCAAGGGCCAGCGGGACCUCUGGAAGAGAAAAGUGGAGCAGCUGUCUGAAGAGGUUGAUUCACUGAAGGAAACCAUUGACAGGCAUACUUUGCGUCAACAAAAGCGGAUUCUCGAAGCAAAAGAAAGGGCAGAACUGUUUGAGAGAGCUAAUGGUGAGUCCUCACAUGUCCUUCGAAUAUUUGAUGAUGAAGCCCAGGCAAUGCAGUCAGCUCGUAGCUCCUCACGUAUGCUCGAAGAAGCUUACGAGACAGGCGUCGCUAUCCUUCACAAAUAUGCAGACCAGAGGGAUCGACUUAAGAGUGCUCAAAGGAAAGCUUUGGAUGUCCUGAACACAGUUGGUCUAUCAAACUCUGUUUUGAAGCUUAUCGAGAGGCGGCACCGCGUGGACAAAUGGAUCGCAUAUGCUGGCAUGAUCAUUACCGUAGUUGUGAUGAUUGCGUUUUGGCGGUUGACGCAUUAGUGCUGCACUCUGUUGUCUUUCUGUUCGAGAUAUGUAUGUGCAAAUCGGGGAGAUAGGCCGGAUACUCGGAUGGUGAGAGUUUCCGAGAGUUUCAUGCUGGUCGUGGACCAGUGUAAGCUUGCUCUGGCUGAUCCUAUGUAUGCACCGUUUUGGCCGGUUGAUGGCCGCACAAGUGUAAAAGCAGAUUCUUCACGGCAUCUUUUACAGGUUCGACGCAGGCAUCCAUAUGCGUUAAGUAUUCAAAUUCCUUCUUUGUAUGCACACCGCUGUGUAGUCUAUUGCUACGACUUUCAUGUAAGUACACAUGUGCCCUUGAUGCAAAAGUACAAUGGCAUUAUCUAUUUCUGUACAAAACAUUGUAUUCAUAGCAUAUGAAGUGGAACUAGGAUUCAUCAGUGGAA